AUGUUUGAUAAUGAUAUAUAUGCCUCAAUCCAUGAUAAGUACUAUCAGCAACACUUGCAAAUAAUCAACAAUCCAAAACCAUCCAUUGAUAUUUCACAGCCUCCUGCAGCCGCAUUAAAGAAAUCUAAAGCAGAAGUCAUCAAGCGAUAUAGACAGGAAGAAAUAGACAAGCGCAAUCAUGAGUUAGAACUAAGAUUAAUUGAAAUUUCUAAAGAAAAGAAUUACAAUACUGAAAAAAUUUUGAAUUUAUCUCCAAGAAAUAAUAUUUCUAAGAGGUAUCGCUUAGAUCAAAUCAAUCGAGAGAAUGAACUACUUUUACAGAAAAUCCAGCACCAGAAACCAAUACUAAAUCGCGAAGAUUGGAAUCUUCAUCUUCAGGAACACAAUCGUGUACAUUAUAUGAGAUCAAACCAUAAACAGAUGUUUUAUGCUAAUACUAAACCAAGUAUCAAAUCACCAAGAAGGAAACCACAAGGUUCAGAAAAAAUCUUAUCACCUCGUAAUCAAGUUUUACCUCCAUUAAAACCAGAAUAUCAACAAGACAUUUCAUCUUCCAAAUCAUUCACACCAUCAGAAAUCAUUAUUGAGCCUGUAACGGAUCCGAUUGUAGAUAAUCCAAAAACAGAAUCUAAUUCUCCUUUGACAAUUCAGUCCACACAAGAGCAUGAAAUUGAUUCACCACAAAAUUUACAAAUUUCAAAUUCAAUCAAAUCAGAAUUCGAAAUACAUGAACCACCUCCAAAAAACAAUUAUCAAUUGGAGAUUUCUAUUGACCAAGAAAGUCAUGAUAUUGAAAUUCAUGAAUCACCUCCAAAAACUGAAUGA